AACAUAUGCGGUGAGAGAAUGUGUUGCCAUGCUGCCAGCUCUGUGCAGUAAUACUGAAAGAUAAUGGCUAUUUCCUAACACCACGCGCCAAUGGAACCUGGUUGGUUGGAACUGCAACAAAUAAAAUAAAGGAGAGAGUUGUUUAUUUUGCUGCAACCAAAAGCAGGUCAUCUUCAUCUUCAUUUCAAUUUCAAUCAAUAAACAUGGCAACCAUUAAUCUUUCUUCCGCAACUUCCCUGCUCUUCCAAUCCGAACUCUCUCCCUCCAAACGCAGAACCAAACGAAUCCCUAAAAUCACCAUUCUAGCAAACCACGCCCAACCGACCCAAAUUAACUCCUCCAACGGCUCUCCCUCCGUCGGCAACGCAAACUCUUCGGUCGAGGUUCAGGUGAGUGAUCAUGGCGUGGGACAGGCAGGACCGAAUUCCGAGGCGCGUAAGAAAACUAAGAUCGUGUGCACGAUAGGUCCAUCCACGAGCUCACGUGACAUGAUAUGGAGCCUGGCUGAAGCCGGAAUGAACGUGGCGCGUUUGAACAUGUCGCACGGGGACCACGCCUCGCACCUGCAGACUAUUGAAUUGGUGAGAGAGUACAAUGCUCAGUUUCAGGAUAAGGUCGUGGCCAUCAUGCUCGACACCAAGGGUCCUGAAGUUAGAAGCGGGGAUGUGCCUCAACCAAUUUCACUUAAAGAGGGGCAAGAAUUCUAUUUCACCACCAGGAGAGGGGUCAGCACGGAAAGCACAGUUAGCGUGAAUUAUGAUGAUUUUGUGAAUGAUGUGGAGGUUGGAGAUGUGUUGUUGGUUGAUGGGGAGCUUAUUGCAUUGUUUGAUGAUCACCAAUUUGAUUAUCUCAAAAGAAGAUUUGGUCUGGUUAUUGUUUUAGGAGGAAUGAUGUCUCUUGCUGUAAAGUCAAAGACAAAAGACUUGGUUAAAUGUGAGGUAAUUGAUGGUGGUGAACUGAAAUCUAGGCGUCAUUUAAAUGUCCGUGGAAAAAGUGCUACACUUCCUUCCAUAACUGACAAGGACUGGGAAGAUAUCAAGUUUGGGGUGGACAAUCAAGUAGACUUCUAUGCUGUCUCAUUUGUCAAGGAUGCUAGAGUGGUGCACGAGUUAAAAGAGUACCUCAAAAGUCAUAAUGCUGAUAUACACGUGAUUGUAAAAAUUGAAAGUGCAGAUUCCAUACCAAAUCUUCAUUCCAUACUUUCUGCUUCAGAUGGGGCCAUGGUUGCUCGUGGGGAUCUUGGAGCUGAACUUCCAAUAGAGGAAGUUCCUUUAUUGCAGGAGGACAUCAUAAGGAGAUGUCAAAGCAUGCAAAAGCCAGUUAUUGUGGCAACAAAUAUGCUUGAAAGCAUGAUUAAUCAUCCCACGCCCACAAGGGCAGAAGUCUCGGACAUUGCAAUUGCAGUAAGACAAGGUGCUGAUGCUAUCAUGCUUUCAGGGGAAACUGCACACGGAAAAUUUCCUUUGAAAGCUGUUAAAGUUAUGCAUACGGUGGCUCUUAGGAACGAAUCCAGUGUUGAAAGCGGUGCUGCUUGUCCAAGUCUGAGUUCCCAUAAAAGCCACAUGGGAGAAAUGUUUGCUUUCCAUGCGACAACAAUGUCUAACACUCUUAAUACCCCCAUUAUUGUUUUCACCAGAACAGGAUCCAUGGCUACUCUAUUGAGCCAUUAUAGGCCUUACUCAACAAUCUUUGCAUUCACAAAUGAAACAAGGAUUAAGCAGAGGUUGGCACUUUAUCAUGGCGUUGUGCCUAUAUACAUGCAAUUUUCAAAUGAUGCAGAGGAGACUUUCUCUAGAGCCCUCGAGCUACUAUUGAGUAAGGGUCAUUUACACGAGGGACAGCAUGUUACACUUGUUCAAAGUGGAGCACAACCAAUAUGGCGUGAGGAAUCCACUCACCACAUACAAGUUCGUAAGGUUCAUGAAUAAAAUUUUAUGAAGGGUCUUUGUUACUCGUAGUUGUACAGUUUUUUUUUUCUUCUUCAGUAUCAUAGUUAUUCUUACUUUCAAUAAUACCUAUGGCUAUUAUGUACUUGAAACAACAAGGUUGGAUUGUAAAGUCAUUUUCAAAAUGCAAAUAUUUAUUGAUCAGGAAUUUCAGUAUU